AUGACGAAAGGCAACCAGCAAGAUGAUGACACCCACAACAGCGCGAGCCAGGGCACAGCCGAGGACGAGAGCAUUUCCGAUACUGAAAACAGAGAGAUAUUGGAUGCCAUUGUGAAACAGUACGCAGCUGAAGGCAGGGACAUUGCCAACCCUAUUGUUACUCCUCCAUUGGGAAGGGAAACCGAGAAGACAUCGAUACAAGGGCAGUCCGAAGAGGAAGUCCAAAGUGAAGCUACGGAUAUCGGGAACCUGUACUCAGCUCAAGGCCAAGAAAUGAAACUGCACAGAGACCACAAGAAGGGAACGACUACUGGCAGAACCCUUUCAGAAGGACAGUCAGGAGAAAUUGAUCCCCAGAAGAAAGGAGACAGAUUGAACCCUGCUGGUAUCCAGCGACAUCAUUCAGCAGAAGGGAUAGAUGCUGCUUUGUGUGAAGCAGCAAAUGUCAUUCCUCCACCACCUGCUGAUGAUGACGUCCCUGGACCAAAUGACGAAGACGACUAUCAAGUACCCGGUGCUUAUGCUGUGGCGCCGGCUCCUUCUGGCAAUCAAGAACUGGAGAGAGAUAUGGAAGCCUUGAUGCCAGAACAUGCUCCCACAAACAAUGUCCAAGAUAGCAAUGAAGGCUUGGCAGUGGCAAAUCCUGUGGAAAGUACUGAAGACUUGCCGCACGCAGAUGAGCAUCAUGAACCUGCCAUUGAUAGAACGAGCGAAAGAGCCACUGAACGGACUAUGUUUCUACUUGGAAUAGGUGUGUUUGUUGUUGCAAUCAUUGUGCUUGCAGUGAUUGUAUCACAGAGUCGAAAAGCAGAUGCAGAAGCUACAUUGACUGUGCCUCCCUCACAGGUCAACCCCACAGCUCCAUCUUUUUCACCAACAUCAUUUCUGCAGGGAUACGUUUUUGGGAUCUUGCCUGAUUAG